AUGAUCCGAUGUGCAGUGCGGGAGAAUCUGAAGGGCGCGCGGAAGGAUUACGACAAGACGGAGGACGACCUGAAAGCGCUGCAGAGCGUGGGGCAGAUCAUAGGCGAGGUGCUGCGACAACUGGACGAGGAGCGACUGACAGUGAAAGCCAGCAGUGGCCCGCGGUACUUGGUGGGGUCUGAGUCGCCUGAAGAGUUCACUUUCUACCUGACCACCCACCCCACCACACAUAACAUGCUCGCGCUCAGUGACUUGAUUGUGAAGGCGAGCAGUGGCCCGCGGUACGUGGUGGGGUGUCGCAGCAAGGUGGACAAGAGCAAGCUCACCGCCGGCACGCGAGUGGCGCUCGACAUGACCACACUCACCAUCAUGCGCGCGCUGCCCCGCGAGGUGACCUCAGCAGGAUGUGAUGCUUUUGGCACCUUUAUUUUGCAUUCGAAUGAAACAGCACGUAACGUCCUGUCAGCCACGCGAGCGGCGCUCGACAUUACCACACUCACCAUCAUGCGCGCGCUACCCGGGGAGGUGGACCCACUGGUCUACAACAUGCUUCACGAGGACCCGGGGAACGUCAGCUACUCCGCCAUUGGUGGGUUGGGAGAUCAAAUCCGCGAGCUGAGGGAGUCCAUCGAGCUGCCCCUCAUGAACCCCGAGCUCUUCCUGCGCGUCGGCAUCAAACCCCCCAAGGGCGUGCUGCUGUACGGCCCGCCGGGGACUGGCAAGACGCUGCUUGCACGUGCCAUCGCCAGCAAUAUCGACGCCAACUUCCUCAAGGUUGUGUCCAGUGCCAUUGUCAACAAGUACACCGGGGAGAGUGCGCGGCUGAUCAGGGAGAUGUUCAACUAUGCGCGCGACCACCAGCCGUGCAUCAUCUUCAUGGACGAGAUCGACGCCAUUGGCGGGCGCCGCUUCAGCGAGGGCACGAGCGCCGACCGCGAGAUCCAACGGACGCUCAUGGAGCUGCUGAACCAACUGGACGGCUUUGAUCAGCUCGGACGGGUGAAGAGGAUCAUGGUCACCAACAGGCCAGACGUGAAGAUGAUCAUGGCCACCAACCGGCCGGACGUGCUGGACCCUGCCCUCCUGCGGCCGGGGCGGCUGGACCGCAAGAUAGAGAUCCCGCUGCCCAACGAGCAGGGGCGCAUUGAGGUGCUCAAGAUCCACGCGCUCGGCAUCACCAAGCAUGGGGAGAUCGACUACGAGGCCAUUGUCAAGCUGGCGGAGGGCUUUAAUGGGGCUGAUCUGCGCAACGUGUGCACAGAGGCGGGCAUGUUUGCCAUCAGAGACGACCGCGACUAUGUUGUGCAUGAAGACUUCAUGAAGGCAGUGCGCAAGAUCACGGAUGCCAAGAAACUGGAGUCAAGUGCUUCUUACUCAGCGGACUUCGGAAAGGACUGA